AUGGAGGAAGACGGCAACUUAAAGAUAAAAAUCAAAACCAUCGACAACGAGGAAUUCGAGCUGGAAGUAACAGGAGACACCAGCACGGAGGAAAUAAAGAACAUCAUUGCGGAAAGGAAAAGCGUGGACAAGCAGGACAUUCGAUUGAUAUACCAAGGGCAGUGCUUAGCCAACGAGAAGAGUGUUGCAGAUUAUAACAUACAAAAUGAUCAUAUCAUUCAUCUGGUGGUGAGGAAAAAGGAAAACAUUGCCAAUCAAGGUGACGAAAAUGGGAACACUGCAAACAGCGGAGAUGCUAUGAAUGGGAACAGCCACCCCACGAACAUCGACGGAAAUGCAAACAUAUUUAGGAGCAACGACGGCAGCGUAAUAGGGGACCCCCUGCAUAUAAACUUCAGCUCGAAUGUCCACAUGAACGGCAACAAUGGGAACAUGCCCAAUGGAGGCACCGCUUCUAAUCUGCCCAAUGCUAGUGCCAACCCUAAUGUGGGAUCCUCCUCCACACCUCUGUACUUCACGCACAUGAGAUUAACAAGGAAUGACAAUAUGGAUGGAGAUCUGAUGGGCCAGACAAACAUAUGCUCCCUGCUAAAUGACAUAAUGAGUCAGGUGAACAUCAAUCCGAAUUUUAUUUAUGGUGCGGCGACGGCGGCUGCCACUGCGGCUGCGAAUGCUGCGGCGACGAAUGCGGCAGGGGUGGGAAGCGGUCCAGGAAGUGGUAUAGGGGGAGGUAUAGGAGGCGGGUUAGGAAGCGCGAUGGGGAGCGGCCUCGGAACUGGUCUUGGAAGCGCCAUGGGGAGUGGCCCCGGAACUGGUUUUGGGAGCGUCAUGGGGAGCGGCAUCGGAACUGAUCUUGGAAGCGCGAACGGAGAGAAUAUUUUCACCGCGGCGAUGAGGACCACCGGCAUAAACCCCAACGCGAGCGAAUUUGUCGCUCCCAGCCACGUGAACGGGGCGAAUGAUCAGAAGAGCGAGGCCGUAAACGCAAAACAGGGCGCGGAAGAAAAGACAGAUGAGAAGAGGGAAAAGACGAACGGGAACAUGGCAGGAGGGAGCAAAAGCGAAUCCUCAUUGGAUAAUAGCUGCAUGAAUGGCAAAAGGCACGGUGAGAACUACACAAAGGAGCUACGAAAGAAAAUGAAGAAAUUAAGAAAGAAGAGAAAAAAUUACAAUAAGCAUAUGAAGAUAUCGAAUAAGCUCAAAAAGAAUGGUAAGUACCAUUUUGAUAAUUCGAGUAACGAUGACAGCUCCAGUAGCAGCCGCUCCGGGUCAUCCCUCCUGUCAGUCGACACCACCAUCAAGGAUGAGGAGGAACGGAAAAAGGCACAUAAAUUGAAGAAGUAUACCAAAAAAAAGAAACUCAAAAAUAAGCACAGGAAGAAAAAAAACUACGAUUCGAGUAGCUCUUCGUCCGGAUUCUCCGCGGAAGAUCUACCGGAGGAUGAGGAAGACGAUCAGAAUGAGGACGACUAUGACGAUGAGGAGCUAGCCAAGGAGAAAAAACGCCGAAAGAAAGAAAAAGAAAAGAGAAAGAGAAAAAAAAAGAGGUACCUUUUCGACCCAAAUUUUUUGUACCACCAUAAUUAUAUGUACCACCCGAACAGCAUUAGCCACGCGAGGAUAAAUAAUCACUUCAAUCCGAUUUUCAAAGGAAGAAAUGACUUGAGAUUAGCAGCGGCGUAUCCACCCUUUGUACUGGAUCACGGGGGGAGAACACCUGUCGGUGCCCCGUUCUACAGAGAAAGCAGGAACGGCCUUAACUAUGGAAGAGACGACCUGAGCGAGACGAACGAGAAUGUGAACGGCCCGAACAACCACAACAUUGUCGAUGAUUUCAUGAAGCAGAAGGAGAGGAUGAUGAAGGCCUACAACAGCAGCAAGGCUCUGUUCGGGAACGCCGGCGCGCAAGACAAUUUGGUGGACCUUCCGGGCAGCAACUUGAAGACAAGCGGCACAGGUAAGGGCGGAAGAGGUCGAAGCGGUGAAAGAGAGAAGAGUAUCACCGCUACAAUGGAUACCACCUGCCCCACCACUGCAAUCGGCGGACCCAUGGACGAGAUCAACUAUCCACCCCGGGGCGCGUAUGCGAACUUAGUGCCACUGAGUGACAUAGAAAGGAACAAUGAGAUCGUCCGCAACGACUUCCUGCCAACGAACUCCAGAGUAGCCAUUAAUGAAGAAGAAGAGGGUGCCCUCCUUUCGGACAAUAACUCCUUAUCGGCGAACAUAAGAUCGAUACAAAUGUCCAGCGACAGACCAAACAGUGCACUAAGGAGAAGCGAUUUGAAAUGCUUAAACGAAGCAAACGAUUCGGAACACAAAAACAUGGAAGUAAACAUCCCAUGGAGAGUCAUAGAACAGCUGCUAGUCCUCCUAGAAGAAGAAACAGGAUAUCGAAGACCAGAUUUAUCCUCCUACAUCAAUUCCUACCACAAUAGCAACUCCAUUUUUGUUUUCUUUUAUCUCUUUGUACAUAUUAACAAUAUAAUUAAUAACAUCAUUAUCCAAUUUAAUCACUCCAAUUUUAUGAAUAGCGAGAUUACCAUGUCUUCUUUCUCCAGGAUAAGUAUCAUUCUAUCCCUAGCGUCGGUAGUUUUCUCUCGAUUGUCCAACUUCUUCUUCGUCUUUUAUGACAACUUCUAUUGCAACAACUAUGGAAGACACUACAGGUACUCAGAUCCUAUCAAUCAUGAAUACCUUAGAGAGCUAAGAAAUCUGUAUUAUUCAAAUAAUGGAAGGAAUGCUCAUUCGAAUAGGAGUACUAGGUUCUUUCAGAAUGACGUCUUCCAUAAUGGCAACUAUGGCAGAGGAAAUAUGGACCCCUUUAACAACGACAGCUCCUCUUACCUACACAACGCCACGGAUAACUAUUACCCCCUACCUUAUAAUGACCUGAGGAGUAGUACAAACAGAACAAACCUGCAACAGGAAUUCGAGGACUAUUAUAAAAACUACCUUAGUACUGUUAAGGGGAACAAGAAUAUGCUUUUGAGGAAAGAGUUUGGUACCCAUAAGGAGAGGAGUAACACUGGUGAACGUUCUCAAGGGAAGGAAGAUGGUGUAAGUAGCAACCGAGUAGGGAAAGUGGACGACAAAGUAGGCAAGGGAGACGGCAAAGGAGACGACAGAGUAGGCAAUUCCAAUCCACAUAGCGAGAAAAAGAUGAGCAGCAGAUUUAGGCAAGGUGGGCAGUGGAAUGGCACCUCCAAUAACGCCUCGAACCAUUUGAACGUCAGCGGGAACAGCAGCCACUGCAACAACCCCUUCUCGAACUUCCCCGGACAGGGUAACAAGUCGCUGCUCUACCCGGGCCUUAAGGAAAGGAGCGAUGAGAAGGAGGGCCCAAAAAAAGGAAGAGAUGGCAUAAAAACCUACGCCGUGAAAGAAGUGCUUAAGGAUGGCCACUCCUUCAAGGGUUACAGCAGCGGAGACCCCAAUGAAAGCAGCGGCAGUAGUGGAGGAGCAGCAGCAGCAGGAAGAGAACACGCAGGACACGGUGUCCCCCUGAACCACAUCUUCAACAACCUCGUUAAAAACAAAAAUGAGGAAAGGGAAAACGGAAAAAUGACCAGUAACAGCAGUCACCCAAAAAGUGCAAAACAUGAAGAAGGAAGAGGGGACGCCCUCAAUGCAACAAAUAGUAACUUCGCCUCCUGUGACAGUAACAUGGAUGAUAUGUACGACGUGUCCGACGAUGGAAAGGAUAAGGAGGUCGCCAACAUGAAGAAUCAUCCUAAGGCUGAAGAUAAAGAUGGCAAACAUGGCGACAAGGGAAAAGGCAUCCAUCCUAGCAGCAUCCCUCAGAAAGAAAAACCAACGGAAAAGGACGCUACUCCACAGGGCGAAAAGGAGGCACAACAAAUCGUACAACAGGGCGGUGACAUAAAGAACGCUGCAAGCAGUAGGACGGAUAGCUCCUCCGUCACCGAAAUUAGGAGGACCCCUUCCGUGAACAACGCCCCCCCGAUGCCCAACAUAAACUUUUCGAACAUUUUAAAUUGUGUGCAGAAUCAACUGGCUGGGGGAGGCGGCGGCCAGCAGGCAGAACCCCCUCGCGAUAAGUUCGAAGGAAUGCCCGAGGAAGUGAAGAACAGAUAUAAGACGUGGGUUGAAAAUACUCAGAUAUUCUCCGGACAGAUGAUUAAAAUUUGGAGAAACAGGCGCCGGUUGAGCAACGCAUACAUUGGCGACGGUUCGUCCAAAGAUGAAAUCUCCUUCAGCAAUUUCUUGCCAUUCCUCUGGAAAAGAAACAUGAGCAACAUAAACUUGAACACGAACCUGGAACUAUCGGACGACCUGCUAAACGCCUUCGACAUGCACGUUCUCGAGUUUGUAAAAAAGUCCAUCAAAAAUAACGAAGACUAUAAGUUGGAGAAAUUUAAAUAUCCGAGUAAGUGA